AUGUCAACACAUUCCACGUCCAUAGUGAUAGAUGGUAACAAGUCAAGGCACAAGCCCUUCCAGCCUUCAGUCUCGGACAUGUCCUCGUAUUCAUAUCCCUCCCAGCUCUUUCGCUUGAAGAAGCAGCGGUCCAGGGACGGCGGAAGCAUAAUGAGCCUAGUGAAUUCUGACGACCAGUCAGAAGAGCAUGUUAUCCGGCUCAAGAGGAGGGACGUCUUGUUGCUGCGCAAGCUCGUGACUGAGGGGCUCCGCAAGGACGAACUGCCAGCAUACCAGCCUCUGCAGAUGCGCGGGACCUUUCACAGCAUCCCGGCGCAUUUCCUACCCUUCGUGCUGCUGCUCGUCGUCAUCAUCUUCUGGGGAGACGGAGUGAGGAUGUAUCUGUUCGCUGCCCUUCCCGGGUUGGCCUUCUGUGCGUACAUGAGCUACUUCGUGUAUCAAGAGCUCUCGAAGCCUCUGGUCAAGGGACUGGACAAGGAGGGAUCCAUCGCGAGCGAGUUCUUUCAGAGGUUGGGAUCGGCAGACGACUUUUCUCGCCUUCCCAGUCAGUACUCCUACCGCAUCACAAGGACAACGUCGUGGGACAGGUUCACUGCUGUUCCUAGCGCAGCCAUGCAGGCCAUCCUGGAGGACCUGGAAGAUGAAGACCUGGCUCGCUCGCCAUCCACCAGCAGCGUGACGACAGCGACGUCGAUGAACUACAAGGAUUAUGUACAGACGACGAGGGAGUUCAAGAAGAGACAGAGGGAGAAGGAGAGGGAGGAGAGGGAGAAGGAGAGGAGAGAGAGGGAGGAGAGGCAGGAACGAGAGAGAAAGGAGGAAGAGAAGGCUGAGCAGGCGAGGGUCAAGGAGGAGCCGAGGGGGCUGGCGAGGGCGAGAGCCAAGGAGGUAGACAAGAUGAAGGAGAUUAAAGAAGCACGGGAGUAG